UCAAGGUAGACUUUUGCUGCUUGACGUGUUAUAUUUACACGUAAUAUUCAAUUUUUCAUUCAGUAAGACGACUAACUUAUAAAACGAAAUAGGUAUAUAAAGACUAAGACAUGAAGUUCUCCAGCUCAAUGCUGAUCUGUUUAUAUGGAUUGGUAAUAUGCGACUGGAUAUUGGCCGCUCCCCAACCUAAGUGCAAGCUAAACAAGACUAUUAAUCCUUCGGACUAUGAGCCCAUUGAUCUCAAUGAAGACCCCAUAAUUUCUGCUGAAGUGAAAGCAAUGGAAGAUCAAAUAGAGUUUGUCAAUUCGAUAGUACUUUGGCCGUUUAAGUUUCUCGGUAAUCAAAUAAGGGAGGAGUUGGAAAGACUGCGGGAUAAUAUGGCGGUACUUAGCGAAUUGGAACGUCGUAACCUUAAGAUCCUUAAGGAGAAGCAAGAGGAUGAUGAAGGCCAACUGAACACCUACGAGGACGAGGAGCCGAAAUCAUAUCGUCGCCUGAAGAACAACGCGAACACAACCCCUUUUGAGCCUUGGCUUAGUCUACAAUCCCCGGCUGAAAACCUUAUGCCAUUACAGGAACAUCAUAUCACUGUCAUCGAGAUUCACCACUUCAGACUGCGCAACCAAACUCUAAUCGCCAGCUACUAACUCAUAGAGAACCAACACCCUUCGAGCACAACGAUAUAUUUUUUUAUACAAUAUACACUAUUAACAUAAACAGCAUCUUUGACAUAUCUGGCUAAUGAAUUUGUUAACAGCCCAAGAAUAUAAUAUACGGUU